GUGACGUCACCGCUCCCUCUGCAGUAUCCGGCGGAGAGUUUCCGCUACUCGGCCUUUUCAGCUGAGUGUCUCCGCCGGGCUGCAGUCAGAGCCAGCGCCUCCUGCAACACCGCUCCACAAUCCGACAAAAUGAUCAUCUACAAGGACAUCAUCACCGGAGACGAGAUGUUCUCAGACAUCUACAAGAUCAAGGACAACGGCAUGAUGCUCGAAGUCGAGGGAAAGAUGAUCAGCAGAGCAGAGGGUGAGAUAGACGACGCGCUGAUCGGUGGCAAUGCGUCCGCAGAUGUCCAGGAUGAAGGCUGCGACACGACCAUGGUCUCCGGGGUCGACAUCGUCCUCAACCACAAGCUCCAGGAAACCAGCUACGACAAGAAGUCCUACACAGCCUACAUCAAGGACUACAUGAAGGCGGUGAAGGCUAAGCUGCAGGAAACGAGUCCUGAACGGGUAGAGCCUUUCAUGGCUAACGCUCCAGCUGAGGUCAAGAAAAUCCUAGGCAACAUCAAGAACUUCCAGUUUUUCACAGGUGAAUCCAUGAACCCGGACGGCUCGAUCGGCCUGCUCGACUUCCGCGAGGACGGAGUGACGCCGUAUAUGCUCUUCUUCAAAGACGGUCUUGAGAUCGAGAAAUGCUAAACUACCUUGCUCGUGUCCCUGACCGCUUCUCCUCGUCAGCGCGUGGCCGUGAAAGCUUUUGGAUCAGAUCAUUCAUUCCACUCGACUCCCAUCAGGAUCAGGACCGGAAGCUCUUUUUAAACCUCCUCCCUCCUCCUCCUCUACGGCCACCGCUUCGAUUCCUAUAUCAGCGUCCAUGCAGAAGAACUCAAAGCCCCUCCGCACACCAGCUCGACGGGGUGAACAGUAUUUUAGUGAGCUGGAUCACAUUGCAGAGAGCUUUGCAUUGUCGGGGGAAGAAGACACGAUGCAGCUCACUUUAGGGUUUAUUUUAUUUUUAAUUUUCAUCACCAACUUUGACUGCCUGGGAAUUGGUUUUGCUGUGUGCAUGUCAGCGCUCAGACGGCAGUCGUGCAGGUAUUAUUACCCCCCCCCCCCCCCUCCCCCCCUCCUCAAAAUCACAGGAUUGUAUAGGAUUUCUUGGCACUAUUUGUGAAAUAAAGUCAAGCUGCUGGCUAAAGGUG